AUGGCAGGUAAAGGUGGAAGAAAAACUAAAAAGAAAACUGAGGGAUCUCCGAGAGCUCAAAAAUCUGAUACCCCUGUUGUUGAAGAGAAUGUGCAAGAGCUAUCAGACAGGGACACUAGUGAUGAUUUGCCUGAACACCCCUCUAAGAGAACACAGGGCCAAAAAAGGAGACGUCCAUCUACUGGAGGUGGAGUAUCCAGUAGAACUAGAGCUAGAAAAGCGGUGUCAGAUGGGAAUGAGCCGGCCAAAGAAAUGGCAGUCCAGCAAGAGAGUGCCCCA